AUGCUGUCUCUACGGGGGCACACGCGGUUAGCCCGCCCGUUCGCUCGAAGGACUCCCAAAGCAUGUUCGCGUCAGCUCAAUCUCCCGGCGCAAGCGCUCCGGAGCCCAAUACACAUAUGCCGACAAUAUUUUAAUACGCCAUACCCGGGCUGGUUCCCAUCUGCGCACGUAUCCACGAAACUCCACUCUGCAUCCCACAGUUCGCCGUGGUGGGCUCUUCGCUUUGCCUCCACCAAACCCAUACUUAGGCAACGAAGUAGGGUUGUGCAGGCUAUAUACAAUAUUUUUACAUAUUGUGGCAUUUUUGCGAUAUUCAGCGGAGCGCUUGUCGCAGGUUUCUUUAUCUACGAUGCGAGCACCUACCGUCACGAUUUAAGUUUGCAGGAUAUCCCCGUCUCUGAAUUGGCGCUGAACCCCCGUCGAGGUGGACCUAAAAACCUUCCAAUUGCAGAUGUGCUGGUUGAUGACCAUGAUUCAGAAGCUAUGGAGGAACAAAGGGACAAACCGAGGCUGGUUAUCUUGGGAACAGGCUGGGGAAGCGUAUCUCUUUUGAAAACGCUGCACCCCGGUGAUUACCAUAUAACAGUGGUGUCCCCUGUCAAUUAUUUCUUGUUUACGCCUAUGCUACCGGCUGCGACUGUUGGGACGCUUGGCUUGAGAUCUUUAGUUGAGCCGAUCAGGCUGAUUUUGCAGCGGGUUCAUGGACACUUCCUGUGCGCUGAAGCAGUGGAUGUUGACUUUUCAGAGAAACUUGUAGAGGUAUCGCAGAUAGAUAGCAGUGGGAAGGAGCGACGUUUCUAUUUGCCUUAUGAUAAAUUGGUCAUUGGCGUUGGGUCAACGACGAAUCCGCAUGGAGUAAAAGGCCUUGAACAUUGUAAUUUCUUGAAAACCAUCGAUGAUGCGAGGAAAAUCAAAAACAAAGUUGUGGACAAUUUGGAACGGGCCUGUCUCCCUACAACGAGCGAUGAGGAGAGGAAAAGAUUGCUUUCGUUCGUGGUUUGCGGCGGUGGGCCAACGGGUGUCGAGUUCGCCGCAGAAAUCUUUGAUAUGCUCAAUGAGGAUUUGCUCCGGGCGUUUCCCCGGAUUCUCAGGAAUGAAAUCUCGGUGCACCUUAUUCAAAGCCGCUCUCAUAUUCUGAAUACGUACGACCAAACGCUCUCCGAAUACGCGGAGCGACGUUUUGCAAGCGAUCAAGUCGACGUCCUCACCAACUCGCGAGUUAAAGAGGUCAAAGCAGACAAAAUUCUCUUCACCCAAGUCGAAGACGGAAAGCAGGUUUUAAAAGAGAUCCCCAUGGGCUUCUGCCUUUGGUCAACGGGAGUUUCACAAACUGCACUCUGCAAAAGACUUGCUGAGAAGCUCGAUGCGCAGACUAACAAGCUGACACUUCUAACGGAUUCUCAUCUUCGGGUCAACGGAGCCCCAAUGGGCGACGUAUAUGCAAUUGGAGAUUGCUCCAGCGUCCAAAACAACGUGGCAGAGAAUAUCGUAUCCUUCCUCCGAACCAUUGCAUGGGAAAAGGGCAAAGACCCAGAAAAGGUCCACCUCACAUUCGCAGAAUGGCGGAACGUAGCCCAGCGUGUGAAGAGGAGAUUUCCACAAGCAGCAAGCCAUCUACGUCGCUUGGACAGACUUUUCGAACAGUAUGACAAAGAUCGCAGCGGCACUCUUGAUUUCGAUGAACUUCGUGAAUUGCUGCUUCAAAUCGACUCCAAAUUGACGUCAUUGCCUGCGACUGCACAAAGAGCCAAUCAACAAGGCAAAUAUCUCGGCCGCAAAUUCAACAAGAUUGCCCAGGCCAUGCCUGGCAUGAGAGCUAACGAGAUUGAUUAUGGUGACCUUGACGACGCAGUCUAUAAGGCCUUUCAAUAUAAACAUCUUGGCAGCCUGGCAUAUAUCGGCAACGCAGCAGUGUUUGACUUCAAUGGAAUGGGUUGGGCAGGCGGACUGAUGGCUGUGUAUCUUUGGCGGAGUAUUUAUUUCGCGCAGAGCGUCAGUUUGCGAACGAGGAUUUUGUUAUCGAUGGACUGGGCGAAGAGAGCUAUGUUUGGAAGAGAUAUGAUGAGCUUCUAA